AUGUCCCUGAGGAGAAUUAAUGUUAACCUGCACCUGAGCUUAAGUAAUAUUAAAUUGUACAGUAAGAAACUAACUUUCAAAAAUAUGCGCUUGGAAUCAACUUUAGAUCAACCCAGACGCAGUUAUCAAACUAACGUUGCUGAAAAAAGUGUAGAUCUUCAUCAUGUGCCGGUACUGGUUGAUGCGGUCCUUGAAUAUUUGGAUCCAAAACCAGGGCAAACUAUUGUUGAUAUGACUUUUGGUGCAGGAGGCCAUACAAAAAGAAUACUGAACUCUUCAUCAGAUAUCAAAAUCUACGCGCUUGAUCGAGAUCCUGUUGCGCAUAACUUUGCAAAGGAACUUGCAAAAGAAUAUCCUGGCCAGGUAGUGCCCUUGUUGGGCAGAUUUUCAGAGCUACCAAGCCUAUUGAAAGAUCACGAAGUCAAGCAAGGAACCGUGGAUAGUUUUUUGUUCGAUUUUGGGUGCUCAUCUAUGCAGUUUGACGUUGCAGACAGGGGAUUUGCUGUUUCUAAGGAUGGGCCUUUGGAUAUGAGAAUGGAUGGCUUCAGGUGUCCCGAAACUCCCACUGCAGCUGAUGUUCUGGCCAGAGCUGACGAGGAGGACUUGGCAAGGAUACUGAAGAUAUACGGCGAUGAGAAGUUGGCAAAAAAAAUAGCAAGAGCGAUAAUAGAGGUCCGUUACUCCUUCAAGAAGCUUGAGACAACACAGGAGCUUGCUGAGCUUGUUGAUACCGUGUGCGGAGGUGACCAGAGGAAAGACCAACUCGGCAGGCAUGCUAGUAUGGCUACGAAGACCUUCCAGGCGCUAAGGAUAUUCGUCAAUAACGAACUUAAUGAGAUAAAUUAUGGGAUGAACAUAGCCGAGAAGUAUCUCAAAUUAGGCGGGAGGCUUAUCACAAUCGCGUUUCAUUCCCUCGAAGAUACAAUAGUCAAGAGGCACAUAUCUGGAAAUGUGUCCGAAUACAGGGCCAAUAUCUUACCCCUCAGGUAUUCGUCCCAUGGUAUAUGCUUGCAAGAUUCUGAGGUUGAAUAUGUUAUGCAUAGUCCUUGGGAAAUGCUUCAUAAACAUGUAAUCGUACCAUCUGAAGAAGAAGUGCUUUCUAAUCCUCGUUCUAGGUCGGCAAAGCUCAGAGCUGCUAUUUGUGUGAAGUAAUUUAGUACAAUUCUAGAUCGAUGUAAAAUAUAUCUAAAAUAUAGUAUAUACGUCAUAAUUUUA